AUGUCCAGGAGAAGAGGUGGUGUGAAGGCCAAGCCGGUGUCCAGGCUAGGCACAAAAGAUACUACUCAAUUUCUAGAGGCUUUAAAACUCUACGAAGGUAAGAACUACAAGAAAUCUAUAAAGAUUUUGGAUGGUGUGCUGAAGAAGGAGAGCUCUAAUGUUGACUGCUUGGCCUUGAAAGGUCUUGAUCUUUACUCAAUUGGUGAGAAGGACGAGGCCACACAGUACAUCGAGAAUGCAGUAAGCAAGAUCAACGGUACUACUGCGUCUGCUAUGUGUUGCCACAUCCUCGGUAUAUACAUGCGUAACAUCAAAGAUUACCAUAAAAGUAUAUUAUGGUUCCAAGCUUCUUUAGAGAAUGGUUCCAACAACUAUCAAAUUUACAGAGACCUUGCCACACUAUACUCGCAAGUCAACGAUCACAAGAAGGCUUUAAUUGCCAGAAAGGCCUACUGGGAGACUUAUAUGGGCUAUAGAGCUAACUGGACUGCUUUGGCUGUCAGCCAAGAUAUAAAUGGCGAGAGACAACAAGCCAUCAACACCCUUUCUCAGUUCGAGAAGAUUGCAAGUGGAAAGAUCAGUGAAGCUGAAAAGUACGAACACAAUGAAUGUUUGAUGUAUAAGAACGAUAUUAUGUAUCGUAAUGCUGGAAGCAAUGCUGAUAAACUACAAAAAGUCUUGAACCAUUUGACCGAUGUUGAAAAGGACAUCUUUGACAAGUAUGCUGUCCUUGAGAGAAAGGCUUCCAUUUACAUGAAAAUGGGUAACAUGAAGGACGCUUCUAUCAUGUAUAGAACGCUGAUUAAAAGAAACCCAGACAACUUUAAAUACUAUAAUCUUCUGGAAGUUUCACUAGGUAUCAGAGGUGACAAUAGACUUAGAAAGGCACUAUAUGAAAAGCUAGAAAAAUUCUAUCCAAAUUGUGAUCCACCAAGAUACAUUCCAUUGACUUUCAUACAAGAUGAGACAGAAUUGAGCAAGAAGCUAGAACAAUACAUUCAUCCAAUGUUGAAGAGGGGUGUUCCAGCAACUUUUGGGAGCUUAAAAAAUCUGUACAGAUCUAGAGGAGACAAGGUUAUUGUCCCAAUUGAAAAAAUUGCUCUUGAAUAUUUGAAAAAUAUUGAUGAAAGAAAGGAACAGAUUCCUUACAUUUGGACGUGCUACUUUCUUUCCCAGCACUAUUUGUAUUUGAAGGACUUUACUCAAGCCCAGUCAUAUAUCGAUAAAGCCAUGGACCAUACUCCAACUAUGGUUGAAUUUUACAUUCAGAAAGCUCGUAUUUUGAAGCAUCUGGGAUUGCUAGAUUCCGCAUCUGAUAUCCUAGAAGAAGCGAGAAAACUGGACUUACAAGACAGAUUCAUUAACUGUAAGUCAGUGAAGUAUCUGUUGAGAGCUAAUAAAAUCGAUGAGGCAGUUGAAGUUGCCUCUCUUUUCACAAAGAAUGAGGACUCAGUCAAUGGUUUGAAGGACUUGCACUUAGUGGAAGCAUCGUGGUUCAUUGUUGAGCUUGGUGAGGCUUAUCAGAGACUAUACUUAGACUCCUCUAAUAAGUUGAAAGAAUUGAAAAAGGAGAUCGAAAUACUGGAAGAAUCAGAGGAAAAAGAAGUCAAAAACCAAGAAUUAAAGGAUGCUGAAGGUAAUUGCGAUAAAUUCCAAGGUCUGUCCCUAAAGAGAUUCUUGGCGAUUUCGAAAUUUUACAAGCAAUUUGAAGAUGACCAACUUGAUUUCCACUCAUAUUGUAUGAGAAAGGGUACCCCAAGAGCAUACCUUGAAAUGCUAGAAUGGGGUAAGAAACUGUACACCAUGCCAAUGUAUGUGAGAGCAAUGAAGAGAGCUUCGUCUACCUACUUUGAGUUACAUGAUAUAAGAACCAAGAGAUCUAGUGAUGACUCUGGUAUCGAAAAUGGCUCAAAGAACAAGAAACCAAAGAAAGAGAGUGCUGCUGCUCGUAAACGUAGAGAAGAAGAGGAAGCAAAAGUUCUUGCUUAUCCAAAGGAGCAAGAGAAGGAUGUCUUCGGUCUGCAAUUACUCGAAUCAAAGAACUUUUUGGAAGAUUUUGCAGAGAAUUUCUAUAACGGCUACUUAAAUCAAGUGUCACAGGAAGAAAAGGAUUACUGUCUAGACUUUGAUUACAAUUUGAGAAAUAAGAAGCUGGCUCUAUGUCUCUCUGAUCUAUCAAAACUGGGAUCAAUUUACGGUGAAAAAUCUGCAUUGUACGGCGCUAUGGCAAUAACAUUGUUCCUACAAACCAAAAAGGUAACUGACCAUGAUGAAAUUGCCAAGAAAGUCGUUGAAAAGGCAUUUGAAAACAUAGAGCACUUCAACCAAGGUGAUAGGGACAAUGAAGAAUUCGAUUGGAUUGAGUUUUUGAAGAACAAAUACACUGGAAACCUAGUGGCCUACCUGUUCCUGUACAAGCAUCACAUCGGUGACAAAGAAACUUUGAAAACCUUGAUCAUUGAUCAACUGUCCAACGAAGAGCCAUACGAACAAUCAAAGGUCAUCCGUUACACUCUCUAA